CGGAGACUGCCGAGCAAUGGAGCGGGGCGGCCUAGAGGAGAGCCGAGCUGUCGAGAAGACCGGAAGUGGAGGAACAGCCGGAAGUAGCCGGCGUCUCAGACGGACUGACUGACAGACUCUGACAGGAUCUCGAGCUGCAGGAAGGAGGUGGCGGCCAUGGAGUUGGGCGAGCUGCUCUACAACAAGUCCGAGUACAUCGAGACGGCAUCUGGGAACAAAGUUAGUCGCCAGUCAGUGUUGUGUGGAAGCCAGAACAUCGUUCUUAAUGGCAAGACCAUUGUGAUGAAUGACUGUAUUAUCCGAGGGGAUCUGGCAAAUGUAAGAGUUGGACGCCAUUGUGUUGUGAAGAGUCGUAGUGUCAUAAGGCCACCAUUCAAGAAAUUCAGUAAAGGCGUUGCAUUCUUUCCAUUACAUAUUGGGGACCAUGUCUUUAUUGAGGAAGAUUGUGUGGUCAACGCAGCUCAGAUUGGUUCCUACGUUCAUGUUGGCAAGAACUGUGUGAUUGGGCGCCGGUGUGUGUUAAAAGACUGCUGCAAAAUUCUGGACAACACAGUAUUACCUCCAGAAACUGUGGUCCCACCAUUCACUGUCUUCUCAGGCUGCCCAGGACUCUUCUCAGGGGAGCUCCCGGAGUGUACUCAGGAGCUGAUGAUUGACGUCACCAAGAGCUACUACCAGAAGUUUUUGCCCCUGACACAAGUCUAGUAUCUCUGUCUCAUGUCUUGGAUUUGCUUGAGCUCUAAGAUGAACCUGGGGACAAAGUGAGCCAGUCAGCAUCUACAAAGAACUCUUGUGUCUUUGACACCUUCCACCCUCCUUCUUUUAAAAACAUUCUUUAGAAUUUCUCAAUCCUUCAAGGCUCUAAGCUCUUAAGAAUUUAAUAACAGAACAGCUGGAGGAGUUGUCUUCAACUGCUGUGCUUAUUCCUUAUCUAUUAAUAGUCACUUCAUACUGUUAUCUGUGGAACACAGAGUCUUCUGUUCCCAGCACUCCAACCAUUGGUCCUGUAGAUGAUUGGAUCCUGCCUGAAACAGGCCUGCAGAGCAGCAGUAGCACUCUCCCAGCCUGGAGGUCAUGUAGCUGCUAUGCUGCUCACGGCCAUACACUACCCACACUGAGCCCCAUUCACACAGACGACGCUCAGCUUUCCUGCUGCUAAGACAUUUGGUCAAUUGUUACAGUUGCUCAUAAUCCUGGGGGGAAAAGUGCUUGUGACUUUUCAGAGCCCAGAUUCCUAUUGGCUAUUAAAAAUUGAAGAGAGAGGUGGUUAGUGUUUCUCUUCUUCCCAAAAUGACCUUAGCCAUCCCGGGGUGGUUAAUAAAAGACUUUGUAGCAUU